CCUACCUCUUUCCGUGGCAGCGGAUGCGAGUCGAUAUCGGCUGCCAAUGACUACUAUCAACUGCACUUCCGACAUGUCAUGAAGCCAUCUAGUAUCAUUCUCCACUGUCCAGUCCGGAGGUCUAGUUCCGUCAGCAGUUGCUACCUUGUCUUAUCUAGUCGCCGGUGGAAUCGAAUCUUUCUUAGAAGGGGCGGCUCCACCGAAGUUUGACCUUUCGAUGAUCACAUCUUUCGAAACUCCGACGCAUCAUGCAGCAGCAUUCUAUGUAUAUGAGCCUCGUGUUGGCCUCGUGUGAUUGUCUCCAUCAUCUUGACAGUCACCGACGACAUAAUGGACUACCUGACCCUUAUAAAACAAAUUCAAGUCGGCGUCAAAAACGACCACUAUAGAUUAGGCGAGGAGAUAGAGGAACAUCAGGACGAAAUCGCCAGCGAAAAGGACAAGGAAAUGGUGGAAGAUCCAGAAGUAGUAAUCGCCAGCAAAGGGGAUGAGGAGAUAGAAUAUCGAGAAAAAACCGCCGGUAAAGUGGUCAACAUGACGGAAGAAGAUCCAGAAGUAAUUGCAAGCGAAGGGGAGGAGGAGAUACAGGAACGUCCAAAAAAAAUCGCCCCCAAAAUGUCCAAGAAGGCCAGGGCCAGACGUGCCAGAAUGUUGCGGCGCUUUGGAGCGAUUCCUGGAGUACCUGUUGGUGCCACGUGGAUGUCACGCAAAGAUUGUUAUGAUGCUGGCAUACACCGCCAUCCUCAGGCUGGAAUACAGGGUAGUAAGAUGUUAGGCGCUUGCUCAAUCGUCGUUUCGGGUGAGUACGAUGAUGACAAGGACUUUGGCGACACGAUUCUCUACGUAGGUUCAGGGGGUGGCCUCCAUAAUAACGGUUGGCCUAAAAAUCCAGGCCCGCAGGUUUCUGACCAGGAAUGGACGGGUUGGGGAAAUCAAGCACUUCUUCAGUCUCAUUUCACAGGCAAGCCCGUGCGCGUCGUCCGGAGCUCGAAAUUUGUUUCUAAAUUUGCGCCCCUCGUUGGCUAUCGGUAUGAUGGCUUAUACACCGUUACACAUGUGCAACUAUUUCCCAUGACUAUAGACAUGAGUCUGUACUGAUACUUUAUUUCAAAGGCGUGCAGAGAGAAGGACAGUGACGGUCGUUUUUAUCUCUGUCGCUAUACUCGGGA